AUGUCACAGCAUUAUGAUCCCAAGCGCUUCAUAGUCAGAGAAAGGUUCCGAUUCUGGAGCGAAAUCAAGCGUAAGCCUGGUGAAACGCCUCACGAACUCGCUGCAAGAGUACGACAGAUGGCUACCACGUGUGAUUUCACAUCCAUUAAGGAUCCCAUGGACGAAGGCAUGCGCACUUGUUUUCUGUGUGCCAUUAACAACGAGGCUGUGCUCAAAGCUGCAUUCAAAACCAAAGAAGAUGAACUUACGUUCCGGAACGUUGUCCAGAUCGCGACAGAGGUGGAGGAAGCAGCUAAAACAGCUAAGGCCCAAAUCUACGCAAAACCGGAGGAAAUCCACAAGAUCACCAAACCGCGAAAUUCUCCACUGAAAACGCAACAGACGCUCCAGUCUUCCCCGCCAACUGACCACAAACCAUGUGGAAGCUGCGGGAAAAAGGUCAUCCCAGAGACAAAUGCCGUUUCCGGGAAGCGGAAUGCCAUUACUGCAAGAAGAAAGGCCACAUUGAAGCCGCAUGCCACAGCAAACAAGCUAGGAAGAUGGAAAUCAAUUGGCAAGCCGCCACUCAAACCGACCACUGCAGAAUAUCGUUCAGCAUCGGGUCACUCCAUACCUAUUCUCGGUAUCGCAUGCGUGGACUCAUUGCUACAGACCGGAGACGAGACAUUUCGAAAGCAACUGGAGUUUACAGUUACCAAACUAAACCUAAAUCUUAUCGGAUUAGACACAGUUUUGGAAAGCGGCAUCCAACUCGACCGUCUUCUUCGCAAGUCUACAAGUAACGCACCGGUAUAUAUGAUCUCAACUCACAAGUCUCUCCAAGCAGCCUGCGAACAACUCACGCAGGAGUUUCCUAACUUAUGGAAAGAUGAACUGGGAUGUUUGAAGAACAUUCAGUUGAAAAUAAAGUUUAAACCAGACGUCACACUGGUCUUUCACAACGCUCGUACUGUGCCAUUUGCAAUUCAGGACGUUCUAUCGCGAGGAUACGACAAAGGCAUUGAUCGGGGCCUUUGGAAGCAAGUACCAUUCAACGAUUACGGAACUCCAGUCGUUCCAGUUCGGAAGCCACCUUCACGUAGUCAUCCAAAUGGAAGUAUACGAGUAUGUGGAGAUUAUUCAUUAACGGUGAACUCACAGUUGGAGACACAUCGCCAACCCUUACCACUUCCAGAAGAUCUUAUGUGCAAGCUAGGAGGCAGCUACUAUUUUUCAAAGAUUGAUCUAGCGGAUGCGUAUAACCAGAUCAAACUUGCACCAGAAAGUCAAAAGCGACUCGCACUCAGUACACACAAGGGAGUACUCUUACAAACUCGCCUUCCGUACGGUAUCAGCUCAGCGCCAGGAUACUUCCAAGAGAUCAUGGAACAAUUGACCAGCGGUCUCUCCAGAGUAGCUGUCUACCUCGACGAUAUACUCGUGGGCGGCAAAGACGCCGAAGAUCAUCUGCACAAUCUUCGAGAAUUACUGAAAAGACUGGACAGCAACGGCCUCCGAUGUCGAUAUGACAAAUGUGCCUUCGCCCAGCCGCAAGUCACAUAUCUAGGAUACACCCUGUCACGGGACGGAUUAGCCAAGGGACCAAAGGUGGACGCGGUAAUGAAAAUGCAACCACCAAACGACGUUACGACUCUUAGAUCAUUUCUAGGAUCAAUUCAGUUUUACGGAAAGUUUCUACCAGAUCUAGCAACGGUCAUGGAACCAUUGACACGCCUAACUAGAAAGGACACUCGUUGGAAGUGGACCGCAGCAGAGCAGGACGCGUUCGACAAACUGAAGUCAAUGCUGAACGAAGACACCGUUCUGGCUCACUUCGAUCCUUCCUGUCCGAUCGGCAUCUCCUGCGAUGCAUCAGAAGUUGGAAUCGGGGCAGUACUUUUUCAUCGCUACUCAGACGGAAGCGAGCGACCGAUCGCCAACGCAUCUAAAACUUUGUCACCAGCGCAAAAGAAGUAUUCGCAAAUUCAAAAGGAGGCAUUAUCCAUUAUUUUUGCGCUUCAUAAAUUUCACCAAUUCCUUUACGGGCGACACUCCCUACUGGUGACCAACCAUAGACUCCUUCUCGCCAUGUUCGAGCCACACAAGGAGAAGCCUGUUCUCGCAGCGAAUCGACUAGCACGAUGGGCACUUAUGCUUAGUCAAUACGACUAUACCAUUGAGUAUCGCAAUACGUCGAAGCACGGCAAUGCAGACGCCCUCAGCCGUCUACCGGCAGGACCAGACGUCUACUUCGAUGGGAAGGAAGAUGAAAGGGACAUUGAUACGGUAUGCCUCAUAAACACGAUUGGCAUCCAGACUAAGCCAACAGAUCAAAGUGCACUUCGAAAAGAGUCUACCAAAGAUCCGGUUAUUUCCGAGAUUAUCCGAUACACAAGAGAGGGAUGGCCUAAUCAAGUUCCAGAUCACUUAAAGGACUUCAAAAAGCUCGAGCAUUCACUGACUAUCAUCAACGGAUGCCUCCUGUAUGGCAAUAGAGUCGUGAUACCGGCUAGCCUCCAACAAGAAGUGUUGAAGAUUCUUCAUGAAGGCCAUUUCGGUAUGCAAAGGAUGAAACAACUGGCACGAACAGCAGUCUACUGGCCGAGGAUCGACACAGCUAUUCGAGACAUGUGUCAUCGAUGCACUGCCUGCACCGAACAUCAAAACAAACCGGCAAAGCCUGCCAACCAUCCUUGGAUGCUGCCGGAGAAACCCUGA